AUGAGGGUUCCUCUUGUGGUUCUUUUCAUCCUUUGCACACUUGUGUUCCAAGGAAAUGCCAUGAGAUGGCUCAUGGAUGGCAAUGGUUUGGGAGAGGAAAAGAUCAAAUGUAAACCGGGAGAAAGUGCGGGUGGUUCGAGAGGGCGAGGAGGCGGUGGGGACAGAUCUGGCAGUGAAGGUGAAGAUGGUGGUGGUGGAGGUCAAGCUAGAGAAGGUUGGGAUAAUUGUGGAGGGAGCGGGGAGAAAUGUAGAGGUGGUGGAGAUAGAAAUGGAAGUGGUGGUGGUGGUGGUGAGCCUAGAGAAGGUGGGGGUGAUUGUGGAGGAAAUGAGAGUGAGUGUAGAGGGGGUGGAGAUAAGAAUGGAGAAGGUAAUACUAAAGAUGGUGGAGGUGGAGGUGAAUGUGUGGGUAAAUGUAAAGGAGGCGGGGAAAAAGGGGGUAGUGGUGGUGCAAUAGGUGAUGGUGGAAAAAGUGGCGGAGGCGAUGGAGGCUUAGGUGGCAUAGGUGGAGGCGGUUUUGGAGGUGGUGGUGGAGGAUUCGGUGGUGGAGGAGGUGGAGGUAGAGGUGGAGGUGGAGGUGGCGGUGGAGGUGGAGGUGGAGGUGGUGGCGGUGGAGGUGGUGGAUUUGGGGGAGGCUACGGAGGCGGAGGUGGUGGCCAUGGCCCUUAA